AAUUAUUGUUGGUAAAAAAUAAAAUAAGAAAGCUUAAGAAGUAAUAAUCAAGAUCCGUUUUUGAAAAUUGCUAUGAUAAGACCAUUAUAUAUACGAGAGGGAGUCUCGCUAUAAUCAUAUCAUCUUCUUCACUAAUACUCAAAUCAUAUAACAUAUAGUUUCUUUCUUCUUGUAAACUACAUUUUCCGGAAAGGAAAGUGUCGUAGUACUGUGUCAAAAAAUCUCAGAGGGUGAGAAUCCCAAUGAGGAUCUUACCAGAACCUCGAGGUUCGGUUCCAUGCCUCCUUCUCCUCCUGUCCGUUGUCUUUUCAGCGACUCUAUCUCUCGCUCGCGUCGUCGAAGUUGUUGGUAACGCCGAGAGCAAGAUCAAAACCCCCCAUGCAUUCUCAGGACUCCGAGUGACGAUUGACUGUAAGGUGAAUAAAGGGCAUUUUGUUACAAAAGCUUCUGGAAACAUUGAUGAAGACGGAAAGUUCGGUCUGAAAGUUCCUACUCAUGACAUUGUCUCCGAGGACGGAGCUUUGAAGGAGGAGUGUUAUGCUCAGCUUCAUAGCGCGGUAGGAACACCUUGCCCGGCUCAUGACGGCCUAGAGUCCAACCAGAUCGUGUUUCUAUACAAAUCUGGAGACAAACACGUUUUGGGUCUCAAACAAAAUCUCAAAUUUUCACCUGAACUUUGUGUUUCCAAAUUCUUUUGGCCUAUGCCUAAGUUCCCUCCUUUUAAGGGAUUUGAUCACCCUUUCCCUCUACCUCCACCUUUGGAGCUUCCACCGUUUCCUAAACCUUGCCCACCACCUCCGGUUCCAGUGUACGAGCCACCUCCAAAGGUGGAGCAUCCACCACCUGUCCCGGUUUACAAGCCACCUCCAAAGGUAGAGCACCCACCUCCAGUUCCGGUUUACAAGCCGCCUCCAAAGGUAGAGCACCCACCUCCAGUUCCGGUUUACAAGCCGCCUCCAAAGGUAGAGCACCCACCUCCAGUCCCGGUUUACAAGCCACCUCCAAAGGUAGAGCACCCACCUCCAGUUCCGGUUUACAAGCCGCCUCCAAAGGUAGAGCACCCACCUCCGGUUCCGGUUUACAAGCCGCCUCCAAAGGUAGAGCACCCACCUCCGGUUCCGGUUUACAAGCCACCUCCAAAGGUAGAGCACCCACCUCCGGUUCCAGUACACAAGCCACCAACAAUCCCCAAGAAGCCAUGCCCGCCUAAGUCGCCAAAGAUUGAGCUUCCACCGCCAGUGCCAGUUCACAAACCACCGACUAAGAAGCCUUGUCCGCCCAAGCCACCAAAGAAAGUUGAUCCGCCACCGGUUCCAGUCCACAAGCCGCCGCCGAAAAUAGUCCUUCCACCGCCGGUACCAAUCCACAAGCCGCCAAAGAAGCCGUGCCCGCCUAAAGCGCCAAAGAUCAAGCUUCCACCACCAGUACCGGUUUACAAGCCACCACCGAAGAUAGAGCAUCCACCAAUCUACGUGCCACCGGUGAUCCCGAAGAAGCCAUGCCCGCCCAAAGCGCCGAAGGUCGAUCCACCACCGGUUCCGGUCUACAAGCCGCCACCGAAGAUAGAGCAUCCACCAAUCUACGUGCCACCAGUGAUCCCAAAGAAGCCGUGUCCUCCGCCGGUACCAAUCUACGUGCCACCGGUGGUGAUUCCGAAGAAGCCAUGUCCGCCACUUCCACCACUUCCAAAGUUUCCGCCUCUUCCUCCUAAAUACAUUCACCACCCCAAGUUCGGCAAAUGGCCUCCGUUGCCGACUCACCCUUGAGAGUUUAAUACAUAUACUUGUAUGUAAUCAACGUGUUGCUUUUAAAAUAUUUUUAAAAAUAUUAUCCCUGCAUGUUUGAAAUUUGGUUUGUUUUGCGACUUUCAUCUUUGUCUACUUUCUCUCCGAGUUUUAAGUGUAGACUGUUUGUUCAUCUCUUCCAGGAAUAAUAUGGUAAUUAAUAUUA